AUGUCACAAGUAACUACCAUCCUCCUGGAUUCUCGGAGACUGCCCUCUCUCCUUCAACAGUUACAUGAGAAGAAUCUUCGAACUAGAGGAAACCAGAGUGUACUCAAUGAACAUGAACAAGAACAAGAACAACACCAGGAAGAAGAACAAGAAUUAGUGUGCAGUAAUUUAACUAAAUAUUGUCAGUAUGCCAAGCUGUUUGGCAGAACCUUACUUGUGCGGUUUAAGAAUGUCGGUUAUCACUUGAAUAAGCAGAUGAAAUCGUGUCACAGUAUCUCUCAUAGUAUGACAUAUAAUGAUGAAGAUUCAUCUAUGAUUGGGAGUACAACAACUACAACUACAACUAGAUCAAUAUCAUGUCCAGUCUUACAAUUACAACCCAGUAUCAUAAAUUCUAAUACAGAAGCCAUUAGAGUGGUUACCAAAAAGAGAUCAAUAACUCUAGAUCCUGAGACCAUACUUCACAAUAGGAAAUUAAGAAGACAAAGAGUAUUAGAGGCAGUCCAUGAUAAAAAGCAUAUUGAAUAUAACAAUAGAAAACAACAGAAUAAAUCUUCAUCUGUAUCAUCAUUCUUAUUAUCAAAGAUAUGGUGUCUAGACAGACAUCCUUCUGUACCUUUAUUUGAAACAUAUCAUCUUAAGCCAUAUAAAAAGCCCUAG